CUCCAAAAUUAGUUUUAAAAGUAAAAGACGAGAUCCAGUGACUUACUUAACUUCUUUUUUUUCCUUCACACGGUGCAUGCAUUGUAUUCGCACACACAAUCACACUUAUAUGUAUAUCAUUUGUAAUGUCAUCAUAUCAUAACAUUUGUAUCUUUAUGAUCCAUCUCUAUUUAAACACCACCCAAUCGACCAACCUUCUUCUCUGAUUCAUCAAAGCUAAGAUAUGGUUUCUCAAAUCAUUUAAUCAAUUUCUUUCUUUUUUUGUUUCUUCUUCCAUCACCACCAAUUACAUAAAAAUUAUGGUGCUUGCACAUCUUAACCUUCUUCGGAAGAUUGUCGGAAUCAUAGGAAACUUCAUUGCUUUAUGUCUGUUCUUGUCACCAACGCCAACAUUUGUCCGGAUAGUGAAAAAGAAGUCAGUGGAGGCAUAUUCACCAAUACCAUAUUUAGCGACUCUCAUAAACUGUUUGGUUUGGGUUCUUUACGGGCUCCCUGCGGUGCAUCCCGACAGUAUGUUGGUCGUUACAAUCAACGGCACGGGGAUCGUGAUCGAAAUUGUUUUCCUUACCAUUUUUUUUGUUUAUUGCGGUCGCCAAAAACAACGGUUGGUAAUAUCUGCUGUUUUAGCGGCUGAAACCGCGUUUAUAGCUAUUCUCGCGGUUUUGGUCUUUACACUCCAACACACUACCGAGAAACGAACGAUGACUGUUGGAAUCGUGUGUUGCGUUUUCAACGUUAUGAUGUACGCUUCUCCAUUAUCUGUCAUGAAAAUGGUAAUAAAGACAAAAAGUGUGGAGUUCAUGCCGUUUUGGCUAUCGGUAGCUGGAUUUCUCAAUGCAAGCAUUUGGACAAUCUAUGCAGUCAUGCCUUUCGACCCAUUCAUGGCUAUACCAAAUGGGAUUGGAUGUCUAUUUGGAUUGGCGCAGUUAAUAUUAUACGGUGCGUACUAUAAAUCCACCAAAAAGAUAAUGGCGGAAAGAGAAAAACAACCCGGUUACAUCGGUUUAUCAACAGCCGUCGCUCAUACCGAAUCUGACAAAAUCGAAAAUUUCAACCAACAACUUAACGGUGGUUGAGUUUUUUUUUUUGGCUUUCUUAUGUUAUCAUCUUCUUAUUAUCAGACUCUUUUUUCUUUUUCCCAUCCUAGACUUUAAUAUGAAUAAGAGGUUAAACUUCAUUACUUUUGUUUUAAACUUAAAACUUUGUAAUGUAAUUUACAUGUCCUUAUUUGAGUGGGACAAUGGACUCUAUUUAGAAAUAUUGGGGGUGUAAUGUGAAACAGUUGGUUUCUGUGAGUC